AUGUUUAACGGGGAUCAGGUCUGGCUGGAGGAGCUGAUAGGCCUGCCCUCUAACCAGUCCUCACCAAGCCAGCCGUCCAGCCCCAGUGUCCCCAGCAGCAGCCCAGGGGGCAGCAGGAGCAGCAGUGAGGGCACAGGCAGCCUGAACAGCUGGGGCUCUGGGGUGACCUGCCGCCUGCACAGCUGCAUCAAGAAGCAGAGCCAAGAGGCUUUUCAAACUCAACUCAGACAAGUGAGAGGGCAGGGGAAGCUAGCAGCAUGCCCUUCCAGCGGGCCUUGUUACAGAGCUCAUCCACAGGUGGAGCAGGGAGGAGGCAGUUAUCAUAACAUACUGCAUCAGGGGAGGGGCUCUACACACACCCACACCAGCACUAAAAGUGUAAAACUACAGUGGCUGCUGAAGGAAAAGAUCGAAGCCAAGCUGAAGUUUUCACAGUUCCUGGAUGAGGUGGCAUCCAAUGUGCUUGACCCAAACAGCCUGCAGGCAUUUGGAAAACCAGUGUCUCCCUCUGGCUUCACCACUACAACACCGGAUCAGCCUGAAGACCAGGUCAAAGUGGUGAGCUCCAGGCUACUCUGCUCAAUGGCCCAGCAGCAGAAGACUCCAGAAGAGCAGACUUCCCCUGACCCGGCACAGAAAACUUAUCUAGAGACGGACAUUGACACAGUAAGAAGGGAUGACGAGCCACAGGGCAACGAGGUAAAAGCAGAAACACUGCCACAGCUGGAAAUAGACGAGGAUAACGUGAUUCCACCUCCUCCACAGUUCUGUCAAGGAUUUGAGAUGAAGAAUUUCUUUCCUGAGUUUCAUCGUGACUUCCCCAGAUACCCCUACAGAUCUGUGUCUCUGCCCAGAGGCAUCAACAUGGUGGCUGACGAAGAGAUGAACAACAUAGACACUGUCAGCUCAUUGCUGGAGCAGAAGGAGGACUUACGGAAAAGGCUUUCCUACACAACACACAAGCUGGAGUUGCUACAGAGCGAGUUUGACUCCACUCGGCAGUACCUGGAGACAGAGCUGCGCCGAGCACAGGAGGAGCUGGACAAGUUUACUGAUAAACUGCGCAGAAUACAAAGCAGCUACUCGGCACUGCAGAGGAUCAACCAAGAUCUGGAGGAAAAGAUCCACAGAAAUUCACAGCACCACGAUGACGAAAAGCGAGCUCUGAGCAGAGAGAUUAUUGUCCUUAACAACCACCUGAUGGAGGCAAAGCUAACCAUCGAGAAGCUACAAGAGGACAAUGACCUGUACAGGAAGGACUGUAACCUGGCUGCACAGCUUCUCCAGUGCAACAAAUCUCUUUACAGAGCCCAGCUCUCUGAGCUGCCUGCUGAUUUUCAGGAGCGAUUGACCAUGCACUUGGAGGACUCUCCACUCUGUCACACCUACUCUGACUCUGUCCCAGCCUCUCUCAUUGCCAAAGUGCUUGAGAAGCCAGAUGAGGCCUGCAGCAGCAGCCAGGCCUCCCGCUCCCCCAGCCCGCAAACCCAGGACCAUACUUUUAUUCUGGAGCGCUUGGGCCCUGGAGAGCGUCUGGGGCUCCGUGCAGCAUACAAAUCUGACCUGUACAGUAGUGACACGGCCCUGUACUGCCCUGAUGAACGUCACCGUGAGCGGAGGCCCAGCAUGGACCUUCACGGUCAGAGAAAGCUGCUGUAUGGGCCCCAGAACUCCACCGACAGCAACCCGGAGGAAGGUUCUGUGGGGUUGAGAGCCGGCUUCUCCCAGGAGCACUUUGCUAAGUUUCCCGCUACACUGGGGGCAGGUUCUAGCUCCUACUCCAGCUUCAGUGCAGCGGGGUCUGAGGACAAAGGUAACGGCCCGCCCAGCAGUGCAGCCUCCUCCCCGCGCCAUCAUUCCCUCUACAUGGACUGGAGAGAUGCAGGGGACUAUGAGAGAAAGAGUGACUCAUCCUGGGAGAGGGACUCUCCACGGGGCUUUGCCAACGCUCAUCCUUUCCAACAGACGGAGCUGAGCCACCACCAGAACGGCAGCUCUCCUGUCUACAGCCGUACCAUGUCGUCCUGUUUCAGUGAGCCCUAUGAGCCGCUCCCUCCAUCCUCCUCCCCAAGUGUCGCCUACGGAGACAGUCGUCGAGGCAGCACAUUAGCCCCUGAGGAGGAGGAGCUGAUUGGUCGAUGGCGGCAGCUUAGUGUGGAGGACUUAAGUGCCAACACCUACCGCAGCCCAGGCCGUGCCUCCCCUUACAGCUUCUCAGAGCAGCACUUCUCUGUACGGCCUGCUAAGAUCCGACUGGGGCCGCUCUACAGCAGUUUCCAGGAAGGGGCGGACUACUAUCAUCAGGGAGUGGAUGUCAUGGACCCAGUGUGGGCAGCUGCCAGUCCCAGUCCUGAAUGCAGUCCAGGGCUGCGGCAGGCGCACAGCCAAGCUCACCUGUACCGAGCGGAGGACAGCCAGGGGUCGGAGCACAGCCUCUACCACUCAGGGAGCUCCAAAGACAGGGAAUGCAAUGUUGCAGCUGGAGGCCAGAGCACGGAUUAUGUAGACCCCAGCCCCAACAGCUCUUCCGAAUCUCUUAACCAGAGGUCCCUGGAAAUGGCCGCAGAGCUGCAGCACUAUCAAGUGGAGAUGCACAGCCUGCCUGCACAGGUGAGCCAGUCGCCACCGCCGGCCCCACCACCUCCUCCUCCGUACAACCAAAAAUUUGGCUCCCUGGGACUUUCCAGGAAGGACAGUCUGACUAAGGCCCAGCUAUAUGGAACACUUCUGAACUGA